CCACUGCUCCCAACAGAAGCGGCCCACCCUUCCCUAACGCUGUACCCAGCCUGGCUCCAAACGACACCAGCGGGAUUGGAAGGAAUCCAAAAGCAGAGCUCGAAACCGCCGGGGAGAAAGGACAAACAGACUGGCAGACGCAGGGAAAGGGACGGUGCGCAGGCCGGGAUCCAGCGACUCAAACCCCGGCUCCCAACAGUCGCGUCCUCGACCCGCCUCCGCCCCGCCCCACCACGCACGCGCACGCGCGCUUUUCUAGAGACCCGGAAGCGGAUCGCGCGGAGCAACGGGCACGCUCGGUAUAACCUUACCUGAGAAAGAAGACCAGAAGAGGGAAAAAAGGAGGAAUGGCUCUUUUCCAGGGGUGGUUGACAUUCAGGGAUGUGGCCAUAGAAUUCUCUCAGGAGGAGUGGGAGUGCCUGGACCCUGCUCAGAGGGCCUUGUACAGGGACGUGAUGUUGGAGAACUACAGGAACCUGGUCUCCCUGGGUGAGGAUAACUUCUCUCCAGAAGUUGGAAUCCCUUCUGAUGGAUUUGCAAUCAAGGAAUUAUCACCAACAGAGGACAUUAAUAAAGGCGAAUUUUACCACUUAGUGAUAUUGGAGAGAAAUGAAAGUUAUGGAAUCAAGGAUUUUGAUCUCCAGGAAUCCUGCGAAAAUAUGCAUGAGUUUGAGAGUCAGUGGGGAUAUGAUGCAAGAAAUUACAAAGAAGUGCCUUUGACCCAUAACAAAAAUCUCACUUGUAGAAAAGACCAGCAACUUAAUCAGUCCUCAGUUACUCUUCCUGAAAAGCAGAGUGUUUCUGUAAGAAAUAAUGCGUACCAGUAUUUCAUGGAUGAUGAGCCAUUUAUGAGGAAUUUGCUAAAAAUGGACAAUAACAGAAGUGGUGCUGGAAACCAGUACAUAAACUGCAUGGAAAAUAGAAUUGGAUUAAGUCUGCAGGCACAUCUGGCUGAACUGCAGAGAUUUCACAAUGAGGAGAAAAUGUGUGACUGUAAUCCGACUGAGAAGUCUGUCAACAGUGGUUCCUCAGUCUCACCACUUCAAAGAAUUCCUCCCAGUACCAAAAACAUUUGGAACAAAUACAGGAAGGUUUUUAAGUAUCCUUUGUUACCUGCACAAUACAGGAAAGCAUACACUAGAGGAAUUUCUUACAAAUGUAAUGACUGUGGGAAGGCUUUUAGCAAAAGUGCCAACCUCAUGAGUCAUGAGAGAAUUCAUUCUGGACAGAGACCUUACAAAUGUAAUGACUGUGGCAAAGCUUUUACGGACCGUUCAAAUCUUAUUCAUCAUAGAAAAAUCCAUACUGGAGAGAAACCUCACAAAUGUAACGAGUGUGGCAAAGCAUUUACCCAAUUUGGAAACCUUGCUAGGCAUCAGAAAACACACACUGGAGAGAAACCACACAAAUGUAAUGUGUGUGACAAAGCUUUUACUCGAAGUUCAAGCCUUAUGGCACAUCAGAGAAUUCAUACAGGAGAAAAACCUUAUAAAUGUAAUAAAUGUGAUAAGGCUUUUAUCAAACAUUCACACCUUUGGGGUCAUGAGAGAACUCAUACUGGGGAGAAACCUUACAAAUGUAGUGAGUGUGGCAAAGCCUUUGCUGAGCGUUCACAUCUUACUCAACAUAGAAAAAUCCAUACUGGAGAGAAACCUUACAAAUGUAAGGAGUGUGGCAAAGCAUUUACCCAAUUUGCAAAUCUUACUAGGCAUCAGAAAACACACACUGGGGAGAAACCAUACAAAUGUAAUGUGUGUGACAAGGCUUUUACCGAAAGUACAAGCCUUAUGAGACAUCAGAGAAUUCAUACAGGAGAAAAACCUUAUAAAUGUAAUAAAUGUGAUAAGACUUUUAGUAAACGUUCAGACCUUUGGGGUCAUGAGAGGACUCAUAGUGGAGAGAACAAAUGUAACGAGUGUGGCAAAGUGUACGAGCAUCUUGCUCAGCAUAAGAAAAUCCAUACUGGAGAGAAACCUUAUGAAUGUAAUGAGUGUGGCAAAGCUUUUACGAGGCAUCAGAAAAUACAUGUGAAAAGAAAGUAUAAACUAUAUCAUGUGUGGUGGUGCUUUUAUUCAAAGUUUAAGCUUUGGGUGUCAUGGAAGAACUCAAAGUGGAAAGAAACCUUACAGAUAAAAUCGUCCAUCACCGAUAUUGACCACCCGGCUUUAACUUCAUUAAACAAGGAGCUGUCACUGUCCGGGUCUCAGUCGCCCCACGAGGACGCCCCGGCCCCAGCCUGGCUCCAAACGACACCAGCGGGACUGGAAGGAAUCCAAAAGCAGAACCCGAAACCGCGGGGCAGGAAGGACAAACAGAAGACCAAACAGCAGGCCCCCGUGUGGUGCAAGGCAGGCGACCCAGCGCGCCGGGGUCCCGCCCACACCCGCCGCUUCCGCAACCGCCCCGGCUCCGCCCUGAGACCGCCCCGGCUGACCGACGAGACCCAUGCGCAUGCGCGCUUUCCUGCAGACCCGGAAGCCGAGUUCCCGGAGCAACGGUUGCGCUCGGAUGUUGAAGAACGGUCUGGAUUGAUGUGGAACUUUGUUCCAGCAGAGCCCAUCCGUUUAUGGUGCAGAGAUUGCCCAGAGCUCAUCUCCCCAGGUGACCCUUGUUUGUGUUUUCCACUAUCUGGGCGGUUGACAUUCAGGGAUGUGGCCAUAGAAUUCUCUCAGGAGGAGUGGGAGUGCCUGGACCCUGCUCAGAGGGCCUUGUACAGGGACGUGAUGUUGGAGAACUACAGGACCCUGGUCUCCCUGGGUGAGGAUAACUUCCCUCCCGAAGUCGGAAGCCCUUCAGCUGGAUUUGUAAUCAAGGAAUUAUCACCAAUAGAGGACAUUAAUAAAGGAGAAUUGUGCCACCUGGUAAUACUGGAGAGAAAUGAAAGUCAUGGCAUCCAGGAUUUUGAUCUCAAGGAAGUCUGGGAAAAUAUGCAUGAGUUAGAGACUCAGUGGGAGUAUGAUGCAAGAAAUGACAAAGAAGUGCCUUUGACCCAUGACAAAAAUCUCACUUGUGGAAAAGAUCGGCAACUGAAUCAGUCCUCAGUUACUUUUCCUGAAAAGCAGAGUGUUUCUGUAAGAAAUAAUACAUACCAGUAUUUCAUGCAUGAGGAGCCAUUUAUGAGGAAUUCGUUAAAACUGGGAGGUAACAGAAGUGGUUCUGGAAACCAGUACAUAAACUGCGUGGAAAAUAGAACUGGAUUAAGUUUGCAGGCACAUCUGGCUGAACUCCAGAGAUUUCACAGUGAGGAGAAAAUGUAUGAAUGUAGUAAUCCAAUUGAGAAGUCUGUCAGCAAUGGUUCCUCAGUCUCACCACUUCAAGGAAUUCCUCCCAGUACCAAAAACAUUUGGAAUAAAUCUAGGAAGAUUUUUAAAUAUCCUUUGUUACCUGCACAAGACAGAAGAGCAUACACUAGAGGAAAAUCUUACAAAUGCAAUGACUGUGGGAAGGCUUUUAGCAAAAGCUCAAAUCUCAUGAGUCAUGAGAGAAUUCAUUCUGGACAGAGACCUUACAAAUGUAAUGACUGUGGCAAAGCCUUUAUGGAGCGCUCACAUCUUACUCGACAUAAGAAAAUCCAUACUGGAGAGAAACCUUACAAAUGUAAUGAAUGUAGCAAAGCCUUUGCUGAGCGUUCAGGCCUUACUCAACAUGAGAAAAUCCAUACUGGAGAGAAACCUUACAAAUGUAAUGAGUGUGGCAAAACUUUUAAGCAGUGCUCCCACCUCAUUAGACAUCAGGAUACACAUCCUGGAGAGAAACCAUACAAAUGUGAUGUAUGUGGCAAGGCUUUUAUCCAAAGCUAUAACCUUAUAGAACAUCAGAGGAUCCAUACAGGAGAAAAACCAUAUAAAUGUAGAAAAUGUCAUAAGGCUUUUAGCAGACGUUCAAACCUCUGGGGUCAUGAAAGAACUCAUACUGGAGAGAAACCUUACAAAUGUAAUGAAUGUGGCAAAGCUUUUACCAAAUUUUCAAAUCUUACUACACAUCAGAAAAUACACACUGGAGAGAAACCAUACAAAUGUAACGUGUGUGACAAGGCUUUUAUCCAAAGUUCAAACCUUACUGACCAUCAGAGAAUUCAUACAGGUGAAAAACCUUAUAAAUGUAAUAAAUGUGAUAAGUCUUUUAUCAAACGUUCACAUCUUUCAGGUCACGAGAGAACUCAUACUGGAGAGAAACCAUUCAAAUGUACUGAGUGUGGAAAAGCCUUUACGGAACGUUCACAUCUUACUCAGCAUAAGAAAAUCCAUACUGGAGAGAAACCUUAUAGAUGUAAUGAGUGUGGCAAAGCUUUUACCCAAUUUGCAAACCUUACUAGGCAUCAGAAAAUACAUAGUGAAAAGAAACCGCAUAAACCUAAUAUGUGUGGCAGUGCUUUUAUUCAAAGCUCAAGCUUUGGGGAUCAUCAAAGAACUCACAGGAGAAAGAAACCUUGCAAAUAAAAUGAGCAAGGCUUACUCAAUGCCAGAGAUUCCAUCAUGGAGAGGAAUCAUAUGAAACUAACGUGGCAAAGCUUGUAACCAUGGCUCACACCUCCCCUGAUAAAAGAAUAUAAAUCUCUAAAAGAAAGCACACAAAUGGAAUGUAUGGCAAGGCUUAUCCAAAGCUUAUUAUAUCUUGUGAAUGUAAUUUUUACUAGAGGGAAACCUUACAAAUGUAAUGAGUAUGAUCAGGUUUAUAAAAAAUGUACAGAUUGGGAAGGGGAGUAAAAUAGGUGGAUGGGAUUAAGAGGUACAGACUUCCAGUGAUUAAAAAAAAACCCAAAA